AUGGCAGCAAUGAAAACUUUGAGCAUUGUAACAGUCAUAGUUCUGCUUAAUGCAUUAAUUGUGGAUAGCUGGAAACCAGGCCAUGCAACAUUUUAUGCAGACCAAUCUAUGGGUGGAGGUUGUGGAUAUGAUGAUUUACAUAGUGGAUAUGGGAUAGCAAAUGGGGCUUUAAGUGGCGCCUUGUUCAACAAUGGGGCAACAUGUGGAGCUUGCUACAAGAUUGUAUGUGAUUUAAGGCAAGAUCCACAAUGGUGCAUUCCAGGGACACAAAUUAUAAUCACUGCCACCAAUUUAUGCCCUGCUAAUCCUGCACUACGCAGUGAUAAUGGAGGGUGGUGCAAUCUGCCGCUUGAGCAUUUCGACCUGUCACAACAAGCUUUCUUACAGAUUGCCAAAUACAAAUCUGGAAUUGUGCCCAUUAAAUACAAAAGAGUCCAUUGCAUAAAGAAUGGGGGAAUUAAAUUUACCAUCAAUGGUAGCAAUUACUUUGAGUUAGUACUGAUAAGCAAUGUGGGUGGACGAGGAGACCUUAUUGCAGUGUGGAUUAAAGGCUCGCAGACUGGGUGGCAGCAAAUGACCAGAAACUGGGGAGCAAAUUGGAUGAGCAAUUCAUAUUUUAAUGGACAAAGUCUGUCAUUCAGAGUUAUGAGCAGCAAUGGAAAAAGUCUCACCUUUUAUAAUUUGGUUCCUUCUAAUUGGCAAUUUGGUCAAACAUUUGUUUCUCGUGAGCAGUUCCGUUGA